CCAGGCUCUGGACGGCAACCGGCCGGGGCAGCGCGGCCCUUCCGCAUCUCUCCCUCCGUCUUGGGACACUGAUUCCCCCGAUUUGCUUGCCUCCUGUCCUCUGUGCUUUCUCUCGAACAACCAUGGCCAUGAACACAGCCCCCCCGGACGCCCUCGAGACCAGCAAGCUCAACCGCGGAUACCUCCACCCAUUCUGGAACGGCGGAAGCGGGCGAUACUUGUAUGGCGUCGGAGAGCUCCCCAGGACGCUCACCGAGCUCGCGAUGUGCCAGUUGUCCGCCACAACCAGGCGGUCCGACGGCUGGUGGACGAAGCUGAGCGACCCCGUGUGGAGGUGCUCCUGGAGAAAUACCGCACUCAGCUCGUCCUUCUGUGUCCGGACAUCGACAGGCAACACCGUCGUGUUUCUCUCCCAGAAACAAGUUCAAUAUGUCCUCGACGAGCUCUCAGGGUAUCUCGCUCUCAAAAACCAAGACGCGAACUGCGAGGUUUCCUGUUACGACCGCAUAUGGGAGACCAGUACCCCCAACGACCCAUGCCUCCUGCACAUCCUCCAAGAACAGCUCAACACCCUUCGAACGGUGUCCUCGCUAGGGACCUCCUGUCGCAAUAUCAUCAACCCCUACCUCCACCCCGUAGUCUACGGCCGUACGCUCGUGCGAGACCUGUCCGGCACGCUCGUCCCAGCCGAGCCUCCCCCGUUCUCCCAGCUCAACUACACCAUCUCGUCGCGCUUCGCCUGCCUCCCAACGCUCUUCGCGGUCUCGCCCUGCCCAUCGGCAGGCCCGCCGAUGGUCACCACGCUCUCGUACAUCAAUGGCGUGCCGCCGUGGCAGGACGGACUGUACCGUAGCCUCGAGGGCGCCCUCGCUGCGUCGGUUCCGCUGUUCGAACAUGUGCUCACCGAUCUACACCGCAGCAACCUACUCUCGCACCGCAUCCCCGGGACGUGCAGGUACACAGCGUGGGACGAGCCCCUCACGCCUGAGCACUCGGACGACGAGGAGAGCUGGGCGGUCUACCAAAAGGAGCUGCGUUCCUGGACGCUGAGCAGGCCGAUACAGUAUCCGGACGUCCUCGAACAGGGGUAUAUGGGUGGGAUGGAGGAGAGGAAGUUCAGGGCGAGUCUCAGGGGGAGGAACAUCAAAGUCAUUAUCAGAGUGACUGACAUCCAAGUGCACCCAGAUCAUCCUGCAUUCGAUGGCACACCUUGGCACGCCGAGGGCAUGAGAAACGAGCGUAUCGUUGCGUCCGUCGUACAAUGCAUAGCAAUGUCAAACGUAAAGCCCAUCAGCCUCUCGUUCCGCAUGCCCGUCCGUGCACCAGUGGGCUGCUCCUCAGACGACGAGGGCGCGACGAUCCGCACCUGGGGCCUGCGGCUCAACUCGUCGAGUCACCAGUUCCUGGGGACGACGAGCCUGCGGGCGGGACACGCGCUUGCGUUCCCGAACAUCUACCAGCACCGCUUCACGGAUGUGCGCCUCGAGGACACCGCGCGGCCGGGCGCGCUCACCCUCCUGAGCCUGCACCUCGUCGACCCCGAGCUCACGGGCGGUGGCGGCGACGACGACGCGUCGGACCUCGAGGUGCCCGCGACGAACCGCGUGCCGGCGCAGCAGACGGCGUGGGUGCGCGCCGCGCUCGAGGAGAGCAUCGACACGCGCGUGCCCGAGGAGAUCAUCGAGCGCAUCAUGGACUUUGUCGAGGGCGUGUUGACCGACGACGAGGCGGCCGCGAGCGCGCAUGCGAUGAAGCACGAGCGCGUGCAGUUUUGGAAGGAGCACAACCAGUUGUGGUUCAGCUUGCCUUUUGCUGGGUUCGAGAACUGAGAGUGCCAGGUUUGUUUCGAGGGCCCCGAGGGGCCGUGGAUGCACAGGAACACGCGUGCCAGGAGCUGUUAACAUUUCAUCCAGGGUUUUAUGCUUGGUUCUGUUUUCUACGGAGGAAUCAUUUUGUGUGUACGUCUUUCAUCGGCUCUACCUUGACCUUGUCAGACCGUGUCGACGUUCAAACGGGCGUAAGACUUGUUCGCCAUGUACAUGCAGGCAUGACGAGCCUGCGUCCGCAGCUGUGUCGUUUAGUGUAAUAGAUGAUAAAC